AACGGCAACAACAACUCCUCAAAGGGGGCUGCCUUCGGCUCGCGCCGCUCAGCCAAGAACCCAGCCUUCGAGACCAAGCUGCAGCAGAUGGCACUCCCACUCGCACCGCUUGUACAGAUGACGACGGGCGCCGUGCACCCGGCGUUCCCGCCAACGCUGCUGUCCUUCUGGCUGCUGACCGACGACCAGCUGGACGCCCUGGCCAGCUUCUACCACCAGCGCACACCCUGCCAGUGGACCGCCCACUACCCGUGCCCCGUCACCUGGCCGCAGGGCUUGUCGCUCGAGGAGAAGCGCCGCAAGCUCGGCAAGUUCAUCGGCCUGCGCGGCUGCGACACGCCGCUUCUCCAACAGACGCUGCCGGUUGGCAGCGGUAGCAACAAGCGGAAGCGCGCGGGGCCCAAGACGGAGGAGGAAAUUGAGGACGAGGCACGCCGCGCUAGGGGCGCGAGCGACGACGAGAUGUUCAGGAGGAAGAUG